AUUCUUGCCAAUCAUGACAAGCGUCAAUGGUUCCAACGUCCAUGAGGCCUUUACGCUCAUGGCGACGUUGCUCGCGCCGCGCGUGCCCGUGCGGUACCUGGAGCUGAGCGGACAGCUGCUACAACGCAGACAGAUGGAGGAAGUCUUCGAAGAGCGCGCCGCCGCUAAACGCUGCGCCUUCCCAGCCUGCGAGAACCCACUACCCAAGUCUUCCGGUAAAUUCCGGGUCUCCUUGGCUCGCAAAGAGAUCUACGACGCUCAAUACGAGCGGCAGUUCUGCUCUGAGCUCUGUCUCAAGAAAGCUCGAGUAUUGCUCUCCAGACUGGUUCACAAGCCUCCACAACUGGUCCCUUCUUUAGUGGAAGUUUUCGGUACAGACAAGCCCAAUCCUUUGGACUACGAGGACAAUGUGAAGGCAGUGAAACAGGUCGAAACCCCAACAGCACACAAGCCAGAGCCACUGCCAAAAGCCAAGACAGUAUGGGCCAAGACGCAGGAUUUAGGAGUCGUAGAGAGGAAGCACUCGAUGUCCGUAGGCGCUCCACCAGCACUGGAAGCUUCGACCUCGAAAUUGAAGGAGAAUGUGUCCCCUGCAGCGCCAGACAGGAGUUUCCCGACAUCCGAGCAUGCCAGUCUUAUCGAGGGCUACGUGUUCCCAGCACACAAGCAGAAACUGGCCAAGAAAGUGGAGAAGCUGGUCAAGAACAGUCAGGACGCAGAAGACGAUGAAGACAUUGUAGUGAGCGACAGUGACGAGAGCGAUGCCGCUGCCAGUGACGUGUCAUCUGCAGGCAGCUUCGAGAUCUCUGAUUUUGAUGACGAAGAAGUGGUGACGCUGAAUGAUCUGCCGCUAUUUAGCCAUCUCUGGGGGUUGUUUUCGAGCUGGCUUACCCACGAGACGACUCUGGUGGUGACUGGACGUGCUAUACCUGCAAGAGAAGAGAAAGAAGACACAGACCCCCUCAUUGGAGGGCCAGAGAAGGCUGAAGCAGACGCUGCUCGACGUCGCGCGCGUCAGAUCCGAACUGAGCGAUGGAAUUCUCUCUCACUUAUGCUACGCCGCCCGUUGCCCCAAGUUGCACUCAAGUUGAAGCUCGCUAGCGAUCGCUUCGCCAACCACCGCAUCGAUACGAUCACCGAAACAUUUUCGCUACGUGACGCCAUCGACACGCGCAAUGCGCACCAGUGGACAUGCAUCGCGACAAUUUUAUUGCUAGUAGCGUACGAUAUCAAGCCGAGUGAUCUCUUAGAAGGCGGACGCAGCGCUCAAGUUAAAGCGUUGACUAAGCUGGAUGUGUCGGAGCUCCAGCAAUUACUCCAGUUAUUCUACGAGGUCCGCAAGGACAGCGAUGUUGCUGUUGACACGGAUAUAGCCCCGAUACCUGAGAGCGAGUCGAAGGUCAAUGAUGCAUCAAAGCAAACACCUGACAACAAAGCGGCGUUUUGUCGGAAAUGCCGUCGUGCGAAGACCAAGUGUGUUUGCAAAACGCGUGCCCAGAAUCCGAAGGAGGAAGAACUUUCAACUACCCAGUUGGAAGAAAUGCUACAGGAGGCGCUUGUUCUGCGCGAAGAGUACGACGAGUUACUGCAGCCGGACGAUUAAGCCAGUUAUGAGGUGAAUGGCAGGCUGGCAAGAUCAUCUAAUGGUUUUUUUAGAGGUCAACCCGAAGCUUUAGCUCACCUUUUCGUGUUCUGUUGUGGACAAGCUGUAGUUUUCUUACCCGUUGUUUCAUUGGGUCUAGCGCAGUGUCCAUAGGGAGCAUCGUCAAAGGUAAGUUGAUUUGAAUCACGCUUACUAAUGAUUAACAGGUACACACUCUAGUAUUUGACUGUAGGAACCUUCAAUUGGUUGUCGACAUCUUAUCAUUUUCUACAGCGUGAACUUCUCGUUGCUGUCUUGGUCGCAGAUGCCGAAGUGCGCCUCGAAGACCGUGUCGGUGCGUGACGGCAGGUCGAACAUUUGGAAGUAAUGACUGCGAGAGGCGUCCAGGUUCUCGGCGGCCCACGUCAUGUAGUCCGAGUAGAACUGCUGAGCACCAGUGACGGAGCCCGUGUUGCCGUCUGCAGAUCCGGCACUGGGCCAGCCUGUCUCGGUGAUGGCCAACUUGUCGGCCAGACCGGGAAAGCGCGACUCGGUGUCGCUGUUUUGCAGUUCCGUCCACUGGUUAGACACGAGUGUGAUGGCGUCGGUCGCAGCAGUGUCGGCUGUGAAGACAGGCUGGAUGUUGACGCCCACGACGUCGCAGGCUGUGAAGAGAUCGGCGAGGCCCGAGAUGGCGUUGUAUCGAGACGAGUCGAGCAUCUCGGUGUUGCGCUGUACGGUGCCGAUGGGCACAUUGGGCAGAGCCUCCUGUAGUUGGGUGAUGUAGCUGAGCAUCUCGGACGGGACUUGAUCGACGGAGGCCAAGUUCUCGUUACCGACGAAGAUCUGGACGAUGCUGGCUGAUCCGUUGGAGAGUGAACCGGCCGAGAUGGCGGCUGUGACGUAGUCGGCGGUGGCACUAGGGUUUUCGUUGUCGAAAGGAACGCCGAGUGAGACGUUGAGGCCCUGGGCGAUGGCCAGUGUGGCCAUGUCGGCGGAUCCGUACGUGGUGGUGUAGGUUCGGACGAGAUCGAAGCCUUUCUCCUUGAUGGUCUGGAAGUCGGCGGAGAUGGUGGCUUCUGUGGCGGAGUCAACGUGAUCAGGAUCGUAGCAGACGCCUCCCGUGGCCGUGGCGGCAACGCGGUUAGCUGUGGAGAUGAUGGCGAGGGUGGAAGCAGUGAUGAACGAGAAACCCUUCAUGGAUGGUAGUGCGGUGAGCUCACUUGUCGCUUUGUGUUUGAAGAGGCAAAUUGUGGAAUGGUCGAUGGAGUGAGCUUGGUACUAUGAUCAGAAGGCUGUUCCGUGCUGCUAGAGGCAUGUCCCCUGAAGAUCUGGGUCUCGAGGCUCGAGUUGUGUAGAACACCAACGCCAGCUGGCAAAUGUUAUGUGGCAGAUGGUUGUCAACUCGGUGACCGUCGUGGUACGAUUGUCGUAAGUAGAGAUGAUAGCUAGGGAUACCACGUGCGGUGUCGACCGAAUGCACCGAGUCGCGAAUUGCAAUCGAGUGGGUGAGAGCCUCAUGGGGGGGGGGG